AUGGAGAACGACCGUCCGAUUCCGAAGGUGAGAUUGGAAGCACGACGAACGAAACAGGAGAUUUCCAGAAAAACGAUGGAGACGGUUCAAUGAGCGACGAAGCAGACAACACCGUCUACGUAUCGGCGAGCGAACAGCCGGAGAUCACGAUCAGAUUGGACAAGGAUCUGAAGAGAAAAAUCACGAUCGUCAGUGAAUGCGAGCCUUUGGAGAAGAAGUCGCAGAGCUUCUCGAGCGCCCGUCGCCGCCAUUCCGCUGAUCUCCGUCGGCAGGCGUUGAUCAACAGUGCCAUUCGGAGCCAGUCGACGGCCUCUUCUCGUUCCAGAAGUCGAAGCAGAAGCAGAAGCCGGGGAAGAUCUCUCAGUCGCACUCGUUCCAGCAGCGGUGACAAACUGAUACGGUCCCGGUCCGGUUCCCGCGGGAGAGCUCAGUCGAUCCCAGUUCAGAGAGGCGAGAGACAGGUAUAUAGAUGAAGAGUGCAUUCAUUAAUUUCAUCUUUCAGAUCGAGCGUUCGGACUCUGCUCCGUCGCUGCUCCGCCUCCCCACCCAUCUGUGUCAGAGAAGUGCGAUCGGAACGAAGGCGUCGAAUCCUCCGGACUUUAUUCGACUUCCGUCUCCACUCUACAUUCUCAGCGAGCAACAGGCCAUCGGGGCGAGCGAGAAAAAGACGGUGCAGUUCGUCACAAAGGUCCUGCUGACUUCGCAAAAGCUAACCCUGGAAGAUCGGAAGAAGCUCUACGCGGAAAUGGUGGAAGCGGAGUACGUGGGCACGAGUCGUUCGUCGACUGAUUUGCGCUCGAACAAGGACGAGGAACCGGAGGAAGAGUUCCAGUGCAAAAUCUACUAUUCGGCGAAAGGAGUCUACAUCCACACGGUGCAGAAUGUGAAGAAGUUGCGGGCGGGGAAGACGUCGACGAUCAGCGAGGAGAAGAACUACUCGGACAUUUGCAAGACCAAAAUCAUCGGGGAUCACGGAAAGUCGGUCGACGGAUGGUUGAAUGUGAGCUGCCAGGAGACGGUGUCGGUGGUCAAUCAGCUGUACACUCGUUCCGAACAGUUCAAGAUCGGACUGAGAGACUGCAACGUCGACGGGUUAGUUCAGAUGUUCGAGACCUAUUCGUGACGGAUUCUCUCUCUCAGAAAGGUGUCCAUUGGCUCCAAGAAGACUACUUUCGAUCCCACGAAAAUGACCAAGUUCAGCGAGGAUAUAAUGUUCGACAACAAGAACAUUGGGUUGGUUAUCAAAUUUAUAUGAAUCAUUAGCGAGGUGGUUCCAGACUGCUCGUUCGUCACACGGCUUCUGCUGAAAUGAAAGAUCACUGGGCGCAUGAGAUGGGCGCGUUCGGAGAGGAACAGUCCGAAUAUCGCGAGCUCAAGUUCUUCUUCGAAGACUCCAAAGCAGAGGAUGCGACGGCUUCCGUGCCGGUCCUUUCCGCCAUCCAAUCCCGUGCUCCUUCGACCUCGCCGAACAGCAACACCGUCCUUUCGGCUGAUCAGUCAACGUCUGCCAACUCGACACAUUCGAGGAAAUCGCAUUCCCGUUCGAAGCGACACAAGCAGUUGAAUAGAAGCCAUUCGGCAGCGAAAUCGGAUAAUAAUGUGACCUCGCAGAGCCCUGACAGACAGUCAUCCCGCAAAUUGCGUCCGGACGAGGAGCCGCUGAAGUUGAGUGCCGUGAAAAAUGGUCACAAUUCGACACAGAAUGAUUCGAUCUACCUUUCGUUCCCAGCUGCAACAUCGACUCCGAAGAGCCCAGGUGCUUUCAGCAACUCGUCCAUUCUUCAGCCUCAGCCGGCCAGCGCCACUCCGGAAGGUGCGAAGAGCCCGGCUCCGCGCGGAGCCAUCUCGAUCAGACUGCCGACAAACCCGGCGGCCGAAAACGAAGUGGAUCUGGACAAGAGUCUGAGUUCGAAAAAGCCUGCUGCGAGAAACUUGGGACAAAUGGUUUCGGAGCAAAAGAAAGAGGAAGUUCGGAAGAACGCGGCGGCCGCUUCUGUUGUGAGCAAGGCAACUUCCCCGAGCUCCGUCUACAUGUACAACACGGGAUCAAAUAACUCGACGUACAUGUCGGCUACGGAACUGCACAGAGCUCGUGUCUCUGCCGCCGCGGUCAGCCCGAAAAGCCCGAAGAGCCCGAAGAUUGUUCCUUCCCCGCAGGGAACUCUGCGUGUGAAAGAGACGAAAGUGAUUCGGGAAGUGCGUCAGGAAGAGGGAAAGCCGGCGGAAAUCAGUGAGAAGAAGGAGGAGACUGUGAAGGAGGAGAAGGUGAAAAUUCGCGGAAGGUCUCGUUCGCCGGCGACGCCGAGCAUGAAGAACUCGUAUCAGCAGACGACGGAAGGGAAGAUGGUGGUCCUGAGUGCGAGUGAGAUAAACGAGUCUUCUUCGCUCACAAAAUCAUUCCUAUUGUUUUCAGUCAAAGACACGCAUGAAUCGAUGGAGAUGACUCCGAUCAAAGUGACUCUGAACGAAAACGAGGCGUCCUCUUCCUCGUCCUCCGCGAGACUCCAACCAUUCCCCGAAACUGUGCAGCUGGAUAUGCUCAUUGAUAAGAAGCGUCUCGUGCUGAAUCUGAAGUUUGUGCUUCUGGCUACCAAGCAUCCGGACGUCGAAGUGCUCGGAUUCUCGUUCCGCGACAAGAAGCUGUGGGAGAAGAGUUGCGAGUGGAACAUCACCAGCGCCAACACCACCAGCCAAGUGAGUUUUGCCAAACACGUAGCAGGCCACGAUAAUGCUUGUUUUCAGACAAGGACAAUUGCUCGCCAGGCCAGCAACAUACUCGAAACUGACAAAAAAGAGGGCGAAGAGAAAAAGUAG